AUGAAAUUCACAACUAUCUUUGUCGCUUCAUCAGCUAUUUUCGCUUCAACUAAUGCAAUUAGUGCCGUCUCCAGCGCUAUUGGUCAAGUCGAAUCAAAAGCCGGCUCAGCAACUUCAUCAGCUGCUUCUUCAGUGAAAUCUUCAGCUACAGGAAAAGCUAGUUCGUAUACUUCAAGUUUGGCUUCCAGUGCCACAUCGAAGGCCAAGUCUGCCACAGGUGGUGCUGCAGUUGAUGCCGUUGCUCCAGUCGGUGCAGCUUUGGGAGCAUUGGCCCUUGCUUUGUUAUAA